AUGCUGAAUGAAGCCCAGUCUCAAGAGCAAGCUGAAUUCCGUCAGGGUUUCGGCUACUUUGACCACAUCCAGACCGUGUUGAGGAUCAUAGAGAUUUGCCAUAAAUGCCGCCUGCCCUUUUUUCUAACCUUCGUCGACCGUGAGAAAGCCUUCAACAGCAUAGAAACGAAUGCAGUACUGUCAGCGCUGAUCGAUCAAGGUGUGGACGCGUCGUAUAUGAGGACAUCAGCCAAUUGCUAUGAUCAAUGCACCACCACGACACAACUUUUCUACCGCCCCCUCACCAUAUCCAUUGGAAAGGGGGUGCGAUACUAUAACUAUAUACUACAAAGGCGAUACUAUAUCGUCGAAGAUGUUCACGACUGUACUGCAAUGGAUAACGAAAUCACUUUUGUGGGAAGAAAGGACAUACGUGUUGAUGGAAGAUUCCUUUCCAACCUUCGUUUUGCUGACGACAUCGCUCUCGUUUCGAGCAGUACCAAUGAAGCAGAUACGAUGGUCAAGGAACUGGACGAAGCAGGAAAGAGAAUAGGACUGCGAAUAAACAGAAAGGAAACAGAGACCAUGAAGAACGCCUAUUGCGGCGAUGAAGGAAUACAACUUGAAGGCUCCCAAAUCGUGGAAACUUUGUCGUACGUAUAUCUCGGACGUUCCAUGAAUAUGGAAAACAAGCUGAAGGAAGAACCGAAUAGAAUGACGAGAGCAGCGUGGGCAGCAUUCGCACGCAUGGGGAAGCCAGGGACCAACUGA